AUGGACAAUGCCGCUGAUCCGCCUGAUGCUGGUGCCGAUACCCAAAGUCUCAAAUUGGCACUCACCGUCAUCAGCAUCGCUGUCCUCACCUUUUUGUCGCAGACUUUUACAGGCCUGAACAUCGGGCUAAUGUCCCUUGACACGGCUCAAUUGCAAGUCCUGAUAGAUGUGCCCAACAAGGACGAGGCAGCCAUGGAUUCUGCCAGGUAUGCACGAAGGAUUCUGCCGCUCCGACAAAAGGGCAACCUAUUGCUUUGCACAAUUCUUCUUGGAAACACGGCAGUGAAUGCUGCUAUGGCACAGCUGCUUGCAGAUUAUGCUGGCGGUUUGAUUGGUUUCCUGCUGACCACGGCAAUCAUUGUGAUUCUCUGCGAGAUUGUGCCUCAAUCUGUCUGCACCCGGCACGGACUUUUCCUGGGGGCUGCUGGUUCUCCCAUCAUCCGCCUGGCCAUGAUCCUGUUCUAUCCCAUUACCAAGCCGUACGCUAUGGUUUUGGAUCGUCUCUUUCCGCAGCGGGAGAACUUGUUGGAUCGUUCCCGGUUGCAAGCUCUGGUGGAAUACCAGAAGUCUGCAGCUCCUGGAAUGCUAGCAGAGGGGCAAGCGGAAAUGCUGAUAGGAGCAUUGGGCAUGGCUCAGAAGACUGUGUCGGAGGUCAUGGUGAAGCUUGAGACUGCGUGCACUCUGAGCCCAAAGGAUAUUCUCGACUACGCUUUCAUCGCACAGGUGGUGCAGCAAGGGUUUAGCCGCUUCCCCGUCGUGGAGCCGACCACGAGACAGGUGGUUGGCUUGCUGCACUGCAAAGAUUUACUUUCCCUCCGCGAACCAGAGUAUGACCACCUUGAAGAGGUGCGAGGACGAUCUGCAACAGUGGGGGAGUUGCUGGAAGCACUGAAACAAGCUGGUCGUGACAGGCAAGUCUUCGUUUGUGGCAAAGACACGACGCUAAUGGCUUUGCUCGCUGAGUUUAAACGUCAACCACACCUGGCUGUGGUUGCAGACGGCGAGGGACCGGAGGCUCGCCACAUAGGCAUUGUCACUCUCCACAACAUCUUUGACACAAUACUGCAGGCACAUGGAAAUGGCUUUUCAGAAGAUGUGGGAAGCAGCCCGAGGAGGCAUCAGCAAGCCGGAGCCUUGCACCUCUUUGACCGGACAAGAUUGGAAGGUAUGGCAGCACGAGAAGAGCAGCUGGGAGAGGAUGAAGCAGGGGCAGUGAUGUCCUUCCUCGUAGCAACUUUGCCUCGGAUUUUCUCCCAUCAGCUCAUGAACAAAAGGAAACUCAUGGGUCUCCUGCGAGAACUUCGACCACAGUUCAUUCCGAAACGUACAGAGCUGUAUCGAUCCGGCUUUGAGACAACGAAAGUGACUCUGGUUCUGCAAGGUGCUUUUCACCUCACCAGUGGAGCAGACAACUGCGAGAGCACCCUUGGUCCAUGGGCUUGCCUCGGAGUGGGCCUGCUGAUGCCAACCAAAGGCUCUUCGGCAAAGUACACCUCUGACUUUACAGCGGUCGCCUUGACCGAUGCCUUUGUUUUGCAAAUUGAACACCACAGAUAUUUGCAAGCAGCCGCGGCAGCAGCGUCAGAGAGGUUGGACCAUUUAGACAGUUUGGCCUGA